AAAAAAAAGAAAUUAAUAUUACUUGUGCUUUUGGAACAUGAAAAAUUAAAUAUUAUUUAAUAAAUCUUCAUUAAAAACCUUUUGUAAACUAUUCAUAUUUUUGACUCAACCUAUACGAGUUGUUUUAAAAUUAAUUUGGGCAUCCUCUCCACAAAGUUAAUGACGUCAUAAUAGUAUUAAAUAGAAUGAGUGUUUAAGUAAUAUGUUUUUAUUUUUAGGUUUGUUUGGACUCUUUGUUUUAUCGAUUCGUUGUUUCAUUGUACAUAAAACAUAUAUAUCUACCCCCACCAAAAUAUCGAUGACGUCAUUUCAAAAAAUUGUUAGACAUUUCUAAGUUGAUAUUUUUUUGGAAAAAUAUUUAUUACGAGUCUAACAAAAAUAAAAAAAUUAAUUAACAACACACAGUAUUACAAUAUUAAGUAGUUCCAUGAAUUAAAAAAAAAUAUUUUGUGUACAAUAAACUAAUAAAACGAUAAUAAAUAAAUUCAAAAACCCACAUUUCCUCGCACUCGCACUUACCAAGGACUUCAUGCUGCUGAACUUGAAGACGUCCAAAAACCGCUAAGACGUCAACAAACAAUUCACACUCACCUCCGUGGAACAAAUGCACCAGAUCCUGAAACCCCUCUCUUAUUUAUAGUUUAAAAGAACCCAGAGUAUAUUUUUGUUGAAAACACGUCCCAGUUUGCAAGAAGGAGAGAGAGAGACGUACAAUUUCACUAAACCGGUGGAGAGUACUUUCGCUGAAGGUUACUGUAUCCUUAAUAUUUUUCAUAAUUGUGACCAUAGCAUGCUGCGGAGACGCUCUUUUUGACGUGCUUCACCUAAUUACGAUGCAUUUGUGCAUUGUUUUGCGGAAAAAAUGAAAUAAUUUCCUUUUAAUGAGUACGCGAAAAGUGGGUAUUUGUUAUAUUUAAUUGGCACGGUCUCUCUAAUGCCGUUGUUAUUAAAGUUGCAUCACGUCAUCUAAAAUGCAUUAUUUUUGGAUUUGGCCGGGGAGGAAAAGUUGGACGAUUUUGUUAAUUAUUUGAAAAGGUGAUAUUAAUUUUAUUGUACUUUCAGAUUUAAUUUGUUAGCGAUACGGUGAGCAGCAAUGUGUUAAAAAUGCUUUCAAAAAUUGUUGCGAUAACUGAGGCUAAUUAAAGUGUGGACUAAUUGCAAUCAUUAAUUUGACUAUGGAUUCUCUAGUGUUUGCAUGCUCUGAAUAUUACAAACAAUUUUAACAGUAACACAAUUAAUUAAGUUUUUGUUUAAUUAAGGAAUUUGUCAACGGCAAAAAAAUAGAAACAUUUAUUUAUCACCUAUGAUGAAAAACAUUAGCCAAGAAUUAGCAGCAAGCUGGUAAUGCUUUAGGCAUGAGAGAGCGAACCAUUACUUUUAUUGGAUUCAGGUUUUAAUUAACAAUCAAACAAAUGUUGACUUUUGUCUUUACGACCUGUUAAAACCGAUCAAUGCUUUCUAUUUUCUUAAAAUAAUUAAAUUUUUUUUAAAUAAUUGUUACACCUCAUUAUUGAUCAAACACUUCUAGAGGUAAUCAAUAUUCCCAUAGCAUCAACCCUUGUUUACUUGCUAUUUAUUAGAGACCGUCAGAUCCAGUUGAAACUUCAGUGUCCAAAAUGGUCAUUCUUCACGUCAAACACAACGACCAAAACCAGUUUCUGUUCGAAACCACCCUCAAAACCUCCGUCGAAGAAGUCGCCUCUAAAAUAACCGCCAUCUAUAAUGGCCGCCUCAAAGUCAACCGGAUUUGUGGCGAAAUGGAAGAACUGGCCAAACACGGUACGUUGUACCCUCCUGAAAUUUUAGGAUUGACGCCGGAACAAGUCCAAGAAAUGAAGCUAGUGGACACCUGGGGCGAAAAGUGCAUUCCUAGUGGGGGCUAUACGAUGGUGGACGACCCCAUAGGGCGCAGAAACGGGAAGCAACCUCGCAAAGAAAUGCAAGACGUGUUACACAAGGCAAUCAAGGAUGCUAAGGAGAUGAUUUCGAAGAACCUGGUGCUGCAGCACAAGUGUUUGACUAUGAAGGUGGUGCAGGAGGCUGUAAGUUUGUUAAAAGGGGCAACGAUGAUCGUGUAUCCGAUGAAGUUGCCCCCGCACGAUGUGAUUCGUAUGGAGUUCGAAAAUAUUGAGGAUUUGUCAGGAACGCAGGCUUCUUUGGAGGUGGUUGAUCCAGCGACGGCUCAGUUGUGGUUUUGCGGGAAAGAGAUGUACCGAGACGGGAAAGUCUUAGGCGAUUAUGUUGGUAAAAUCGAAAAUUGCAAGGUGAUUGUCAAGUUGACUAAGCGGGGACAGGGACCACCAGCAAGAGAGCCGAUUAUGUCAGAAGAACAAAGAAAAGAAUUUAUGCUUCAUGCGUAUAGGAAGCAAGAAGAACUGAAGAAGUUAGACGCGGAUGACGACGACAAUUAUUUUAAUAGUGAAUGGGCGGAUAGUAACAAUUUAAAGAAAACGUUCCACGGACUUAACAAUAUUUCGUGGCGACCAGGAAAAUAAAUGAUCAGUUGAUGUUAGUUUCAAUAAAUAUCUUUAUUUUGUCUUCACUUUAUAAAAUUUGUUACAUUUCUUAGUUGUACACUUUUUUUACAAUGAGCGUUGUGCUCCUGGGGCUAUAGAA